UCCUCAAUUUUCUCCUUACCUCUCUGCCUCCGUCUCUCUUCUCUUCUAGAAAUUUCAUCGUCUCCGAUCAAUGGCUCCCAAGGCAGAGAAGAAGCCGGCAGAGAAAAAGCCGGUGGCGGAGAAAGCCCCUGCCUCUGCUGAGAAGAGGCCAAAGGCUGAGAAGAAGAUCUCCAAGGAAGGCGGCGAUAAGAAAAAGAAGAAGAUAAAGAAGAGUACCGAGACCUAUAAGAUUUACAUCUUCAAGGUCCUUAAACAGGUUCAUCCCGAUAUCGGGGUCUCCAGCAAGGCCAUGGGCAUCAUGAACAGUUUCAUCAACGACAUCUUUGAGAAAUUGGCGCAGGAGGCCUCCCGUUUGGCUAGGUACAACAAGAAGCCGACGAUCACCUCGAGGGAGAUUCAGACGGCAGUCAGAUUGGUGUUGCCUGGUGAGUUGGCCAAGCACGCCGUCUCCGAGGGUACCAAGGCGGUUACCAAGUUCACCAGUUCUUAGAUUCCUUAAUUUUAUUGAGAUCUGGUGCUGUUUGGUUUGAUUUGUUAGGCAAAUUUCUUUCAUUUUUUAAAUCAUCGCUGAGUUUUAGUUGUAAUCAACAGAUAAUUAGACAUUUUAUUUCCCCUAAUGGAGGCGUUUGAAUCUGGAAAUCUGAUUUUUUGUUUUUUUUUUUGCAUAUUAAUUUAUCCCUGAUAAUUGAGAAUUU